CGUCUGGUGAAGCAGUGAAGCUAUACAUUUUAUAAACGUAUAUAAAUAUAUAUAUUUUAAAUAAGGCUACUGAAACGGCUAAGCUAGUUGUUGUGUAGCACAGACGGUUUAAAUUUCGCGUCACUCUGUUACGUCAUUUCCGCCUGGCAACCGCGCGACAUUUAACAAGCUACUCUGGCUGUUUAUACUCCAAGGCUUGGUUUAAUAAAGAAGGCAAUAAGAAGCAUGAUGGAUUCACCGACACGGCAGCGUGUCCGAGAAGGGUGCGAGACUCCGCUGCCCCCAAUCUCUGAGCGCUUGGCUUAUCUCAGACCUUCUCGUGAGCUGCUGGAGUUUUACAGACAGAAAGUGGCUCAGUUUGAUGCAGAAAACGAUGACUUGCUGCAGCUGCUUGAGAAGUAUAAGAGCACUACAGAGGACCAGCACAAGCUGCAGUGGGAAGUGCGGCAGCGGGAAGAGGAGAUUGCAGAACUUCAGAAGGCUCUGAGUGAUAUGCAGGUUUACCUCUUCCAGGAGAGAGAACAGGCUCUUCGGCUGUAUGCUGAGAACGACCGACUUAAGAUCAAAGAACUUGAGGACCGGAAGAAGAUUCAGCAUCUUUUAGCGUUAGUGGGCCCAGACACAGGCGAGAUCACUUAUUUUCACAGAGAACCUCCACACAAGGUCACUAUUCCACAAAAGAAACUCAAACCCAGAGCCCAGGAGUAUGGAACUGUGGCAAAACCAAGGCCUGGAUCAUCUAAAGAGGGGGGAAAAAAACUGUCCAAAAGUGGAGGAGAUUACACAGACUCUGAGCAGUACAAGAAAGAUAACCAGACUCUCUUACUACAGGUGGAGGCUCUGCAGGCCCAGCUGGAAGAGCAGACACGACUGGCUAAAGAGCAGGUGGAGUCCCUGCUGGAGGACAGAAGAAUUCACAUGGAGGAAGGGCAGGUCCAGCGUCAGAGAGACCAGGAGAGAAUCACUGCGUUAACCGAGAAACUCCAGCGCACACAGAACCUGCUCUAUGAGAGCACCAGAGACUUCCUGCAGCUGAAGUUUGAAAGUCGAGCCCAUGAGAAGAGCUGGAUGGUGGAGAAGGACCGGCUCCUGAGAGAGCUGGACUUGUGCCAGGAGAGGCUGAGGGAGACACGCAGCUUCCAAGAGCAACCAGGAGCCUUCACAACCCCACUACUUCUCACCCAACCCACUCCAGAGAGCAGCCAGAUGCAUCGGGACGAGAUCAGAGCGCUGCAAGAAGAGUUGAAGCAAGCCCAUAAGCUAGCAGACAUGUACAGAGAGCAGUGUGUAGGUCUGGAGACCGAUCUAGCACAAAUCCGAGAAGAAGGAGAUGUCGGUCGGGAGAUCUUCAAGGAGCGCUCAGACAAAAUGGCCAAGCGUCUCCAGUUAAUGACUCAGCGUUACGAAGCUCUGGAAAAGAGGCGAUCCAUGGAGGUGGAAGGCUUCAAGACUGACAUCAAACAUCUGCGACAGAAACUCAAAGAUGUAGAGAAGCAGCUCUUUAAGGUGACUCUUAACGUGGGGCCAGAUCAGGACUUGGCCAUCCUGCACGAAGUUCGAAAGUCAAGCGCCCGCACCAAGGCAAUCCAGGGCGAAUUAAAAAGCCUAAAAGCAAAGAUAUACGGACUAGAGAAUGAAUUGAGAUUCUGUUGAAUUAUGAAAUGUGGAAAAUCUUCCCCUUUUUGAGUCUUUUCAGGACAGUCUAAUGCCAAAUAUCACUGUGAAAGUGCCACUAGUGGGGUAGGUUAAUCUGUUGUAUUGUAAUGAUGGACCAGUUCAUUAUUCAAUAGGAUUAGUGUAGAACAUUGACCUGUUGAUAUAGCCAUCCAGAACAGUGGAUUUUUCAGAUUGUGAUUUUUCUAUUUUAUUUAUUUUUGUCAGAUGUUUAAUAAAAAAAAAGAAUAUUUUGCAGGUAU